AAAGAGACCAGAGGGGACCACAGUGACAGACAGAGUACACGCGAACAGAAACAGAAGGGAGCAAGCAAUUUUCCUCAAACAUCUAUUUUAUUCCCCCACCUGUACUACUACUACUACUAUUACUACAACUACUGGUACUACUACUACUACUACACUCAGAAAUAUCCACACAGCCAAGCAGCAUGUUGCACUGGAGGCUCCUUCUGGCAGUGGGUGUGUGGUCGAUGUGUGUAUGUCUGACUUUGACCUAUGAGGAUGAUAUUGAAGUUAACUACGCUGACACGUACUACAACGAAAUAAUGGAGGAAGAAACACCAGAACCCACACCGAGUGUUACCCCCUGUAGUUCUCCAGAUCUCACAAAGUGGGACAAAAUCUUUUCAAUGCUGGAGAAUAGCCAGAUGAGGGAGAACAUGCUUCUUCAGUAUGCUGAUGACAUAGUCAAAGUGGAGAUGGGGUCUCUGCGUGGGGAAAUACUCAGGUUUGUGGCCCAGUAUGGUGGUUCAUGUGGGGCUGCAGUGGAGACGGCAGGAAGAAGGAUGGCCUUGCAGCUGGAAGGAAGACUAAGGGAAUCCCUUGAACGACUAAAAUUUGGAGAUUACUCCAUUACUGGUGGUAAUUCUGUUGGGAAUUCAAACAUAGAGGCCAUGCUACAACAGCUUCUCACUGCCACACGAAACCAAGCGGCCCGACUAGCCAAGCUGGAAACCACUUGCUUCAGCAACACAGCAGGUGUGAAAGCAGCAUUUCAGCUUUUACAGGGUCGAAGGGGAGGCCACAUAGAGCAGGAGGUCACGUCACACGAGGUAGCUUUGGAGGGGGCCUUGGCUGUGUUGCAGCAGACACGAAUGGAGCUCCAGGAGGUGUUGAGUUCAUUCCAGUACAGACACCUGCCUGCAGGUAAUGAGAUGGCAAUCCUCUUUCCCAUGCGUUCCCGCCGCAUCUACACUUCUGUGAUACCAGAUGUCCCCCUUUCACUGUCCUCCUUCACCGUCUGUUUGUGGGUAAAGCCAGUGAAAGUCUCCAACAAAACAGUUCUCUUCUCUUACGGCAACCGCCGCAACCCCUACGAAAUCCAGCUCUUGCUCAGCCACACCUCAGCCCUGUUCACCAUAGGCGGAGAGGCUCACCUGGUAGAAGCACGUGGUGUGGUCAAUCCAAAAAUUCCACCAGAAUGGCUCCACCUAUGUGGGUCUUGGUCCUCUGAGCAGGGUCUGGCAUCCUUGUGGGUAGGUGGGAAAAAGGUUGCUUCCACACCUGGUGUGGCAGAGGGUCACAUCCUGCCAGAUGGAGGUUCACUCCAGCUGGGACAAGAAAGAAAUGGUUGCUGUCCUCUGACCCCGAGCAGCAGCGGAAACGGGAUGUCAGGGUUUGAAGCAGGGUUUGAUCCAAAGUUGGCAUUCACAGGGACAAUGACAGGAGUAAACAUGUGGGACAAAGUACUACCGGAGGAGAAGAUUUCUCAGCUAGCUUUGAAAGAAGGUCACAGCUCAGAGCAAUGGGGAAACAUAGUGGCGUGGGGUGUGACGGAGAUGGUGCCACAUGGAGGCGCUCAAUUUAUCGAUUAAUAUAGACUCCCUGAUACUCAGCAGCAUUGUCCUUGCCUAUCACAAACUUUGUUAUCAACGUUCAUGCUAAAAAUGAGGAAACCUUAUAUUUGUGCAAAUAUUUCAAUGUUUCUUUUGGUACCACACUCAUUGAAUGGAGGGCAUAUCUGACACACGCUGCUCGCUGCAACACACAAACACUGUCAAGCAUUCAUCUCGAAAAACGUGUGUUGUUGCAGGAAACGUGCUGCAACCAGUUUUUACCAAAGACCUAAUUAGGGUGUAAGAAGGAGACCAUUGUGAAAGUGGGCAUGUUCUGAGCGAAAAAAUAAAACAACUCCGCAUAGACAGGAGAGGGUACCCAGAGGUCAAAAAAAUUAAAAUGUUUCAAUUUUAGAGCCACGUAUUUACAUUUUUAGAUAUUUUGAGUCAUUAUUGUCUGUAGUUUUGUCAUAACCGACAAGCUGUUUUUGGAUCAAUAUUAUCAUCUUUUGUUAUUUCAAGCUUGUUAUAUGCUUUCCUAUACUAAGCGUCAGAAAGAGUAAUUCUUUUUAUUAGUCCGCUUUUGGAUGAAAAGAGGUACCAUGUAAAGAGCUUUGCAAUGUAGUGAGCCAUGAAACAUGUGAUCUAGCCAAUACUGAAAACUGCUGUGCAUGCUUCCUGUUAAGCAUAGCCAAGACUAGAAAAAAACCUUAGAUUGCAGAAGCUGGAGGCAAUCUUGCAUUUUCUUUCACCUUUCACCUUACCAAGCUGAAAACGCUGUAAGUCCCAUGCAUUGCUUUGUACUUAUCAAAAUGUUUGUUUACAUUCAUAUUAGUCCUUCCAUGUUUGCUUUGUCAGGUGUCCAGUACUUUUUACACAUAGUGUAAUAUAAGUUUAUCUAAUUUUUGUAUUGCAAAGUUACAAUGUUAAGUUUGAGAUUGAAAUGUUUUUAUAUACGUGAGGGAAAUGUUUACAAGAUUUGGUGAACUUUUGUGGAUUAAAUUAGUUAUGUAUAAUACUGUAGAUUAAAUGAAUUUGGUUUCCCUGGAAAUGGCAACAGGUGACGAUGAAUGUAUUUUGUACAUAAAUGCAUAUUACAAAAUAUGGUUGGGUGAGUGUGGUAUGAAUAAAGCUGGAAUGCUGUAAUAGAUUUGCCUGGUUAAGUUGAUAACUGCAUUGUACGAAUAAGCAGACCGGCAAUAUGUGGCAGAAAAUUAAAGUAAAUAUAAAAUAACACGACGGGGCUAAAAACGAACAUUAAGUGCAGGGAAAAUAUAACGAAUCAUACGCUGAAUCAACCAAUUUUUGACAGCAGCCUGUCCUAAAACUUGAUAACAAAUAUCCUUUGUCACAGUCAUAACGAGUUCUUCUCCAAUCCUGAAAGGUUUCUCGACUUUAGCAAUACGGUUAUUAGGGGUGUGGCAAAAUAUCGAUAUUGUGAUAUAUCGUGAUACUUUGCAUCCCAAAAGGUUUUCGAUAUGCUAAUGCCAAGUAUCGAAAUAUCGUUUUAAAAAGGUGCCAAUGUUUAAAAUUAAAAAAAGGAACCAAAGAUUUGCUACCAAAAUCUUCCAAUAUAAUAGUGUCUCAGUUAACUCAAUGAAUGUGAUUGACGCGCUUGACACCCAAUCUAUUAGGGCGAAUUAACAUUCGUUUAUAAGAAACCAGAGCAUUCACAGUCACUCAUUCCGAUUUUCACGGCAUUUACAGGUCACUUCCUGUUCAUUUUAGGGCAUUUACAGAUCACCUCAUGUUGAGUUUGAGUCACUGCCUAUUCAUUCCCUGUUGAUUUUGGGUUAAAGAACAGGAAGUGACCCAUAAAAUGCCCCCAAAUUAACAGAAAGUGACCCUGAAAUGCUCUAAAAUCAGCAGGAAGUGACUGAAAAUCAACAGGUAAUGACCUGGAAUGGCGCAAAAUUACCUUGUUGCCUGUCAUUGGCUGCCACUGAUAGCCAUAUAAGUGGGAGGAGCCAGUUUGAAGUGGGAGGGGUUCAUUCACUGUCACCCUCCCAGUUCAAAUGGAUUGGACGACUACUAGUGCUGAACUUACAGCAGAAUCAUGAAGAUUGCAUGUUUUUCUGUUUUUUAGUUGUUUUGUAGAAUUAUUUCCUGACCAAUGUCAAUAAUCACUGUAUCACAGUAUCGUGAGAUCAUCGUUAUCAUGAGCUUUGUAUCGCAAAUCGUAUCGUAUCGUGACGCACAAAGAGGUUCCCACCCCUAACGGUUACCACGAGGUAUGAUGCUCUAAGUGCAUUUGCUUUUGUUGCCUUGUUUGCUAGCUUUUGGCCACAUACAGUAUAGUAUUAUAUGUAGAAUGAACCUGUUUGUAGACUCAUUCUCUGGCUCAGCAGGUGGCCUUUUCCCCAUAAAAAAGAUGUCCAAAGACGUCGUCGCCCGCAGCACACGGCCAACAGCAGCUAAAGUUACUGUUUACAUUGACUGACGGUGAGCUGCUAUAGGUGUACAAACACCCCAGAAAUGGCGAACAACCACAAGAGGGGGGUGUACGCAAAACUAUACUCAGAUUAGUCAAGAGGCACGGGCCGUAUUGCAGUUGUUAAUAAAUUAUUCAUUAUUUCACUGCGGCCCGGUAGCAAAUGCGCCAAACACCAGUCCCCGGCCUAGUGUUUGGGGAUCCCUGGUCUAGAGCAAUACGAUUAAAUGUUGUAUGACUUUUCCUUAAACAUAUCGUAUGUGAUCCGAUAGCAAAAUCAACAUUGGGGGUCCUAUUUUUGUACGUUGUCGAAAAGUAUCUUAACAGUCCCUUUUACAGUGGCAUAUUGGUUGCCGCCGCUCAUCCUCUAAUUCACAAUAGGGAAAACUGAUUUACUCAGUGGAAGGUUGACUUGCGCUUGGUAUGGGGAACUAUGAGCAGAUCUAACAGCAGUUUACUUAAAUUUGGACAGGGAGUGCAGCACUGUAAAAUGAACAUUUGGAGACAAGCCUUUCCACCUUAAUCAUUCAUGUCCGUGUGCCGGAAGGCCCAUCUUGGUGCAGUCUUGUCUACCCAAUUCGAAAACAGAAUUGGAGUUGUUUACGCUGGUAAAAAAAUACACUUGGAGACAAGUUUUACGCUUAAGAUCAAGAGAGCCUGAUAAGAACUUAUGCUUGUCUAACCAAUAUAUCAGAAACCCCAUCAUUCACAUCGCCCAUUACAUACUGUACUUCUUUCACGCAAUGCUGCUUAGAGACACAUACAUGUAAGAAGUCGUCAGUUUUUGUUUCCAUGAGCUGCAUGUAUAAGCGCAUGUUUUGCUUCCAUUCCUGUGUUUACACUGCACUGUUUACAUUCAGUGUCAAGGAUGACUGCCUCAUUAAAAGCAACACAAGGAUGAACUGCAUUGAAGUGAGGUUUAUGUGCCGCAUCAACGACACAAAAAGAAAAUCAUAGUUUGGAGCUAGCGUAUUUUAAAGCCCUUAAACCACACUACUGUGUGGUUGUGUCAUAUUCUGGCUCAUAAAAGGACCACCAUCACUUUGUCACCCCCUGGCGAGUUGCACCAGGGGGUUUGUGUAAUUUUAUCGAUAAGAUCUUUUUGGCAUUACUAUCCUUUUCCCCUCAUUCAUUUCCAUCUCAGGUUUUUUAAAGUUGAAAGUAUUGGAGUGUUAUCCCAAGGUCAGAACUUCAGCACUACCACAUCACAGCUGACAAAGCAUUCACUUGAUACAGCACAAAUAAAAUGUAAAUAGAGCACAUCCAAAGCAAUGACAGUACUGCUCCCAUGGGACGUCGCUAGUAAUUAUUCUUCAGAUCAUGUUAGCUGACUUUG